CCGCGUCAGCAAGACCGCGGUGUCAUGGAACAGUUCAGCAAAAGUAUAAAGAGCAGGGCUAUAGCUCGCUUAAAAAAGUUUGAUGUCGGAGCCAAAUUUUCCCACUUGUCAUCAAGGAAAUUUUCGGUUCUUCUGCCUCUGAUGGUUAAAGAAGGAGAACUACAGGUAUUAUUGACCGUCAGGUCAAAGAAGUUGAGAAGAUCACCAGGCCAGGUAUGCUUCCCAGGAGGAAAGAGUGAUCCAACUGACAAAGAUGAAAUAGCCACUGCCCUCCGGGAGGCUCAGGAAGAAGUGGGACUUGAUCCUCAGCAUGUGGAAGUCAUCUGUAGGCUCGUCCCUUGCGUCGAUCAGACUGGUGGUGUGGUCACGCCAGUGGUGGGAUUUAUAGAAAAUAUCUCCCAGCUCCGGCUUAAUCCAGACGAAGUGAGUGAAGUGUUCUUGGUUCCUCUGGAGUACUUUCUCAGACCGCAAAUAUACAAAAAGUUUCAAAUGACAUUUUCCGGCAGCUCAAGUUAUGUCCACUGCUUUGAUUAUGUGGACCCCCAAAAUCAAGUGACCUAUCACAUAUGGGGACUCACGGCCAAGAUUGCAGUACUUCUUGCACUGAUUGUUGUGGAGAAAAAACCUUCCUUUGAUGUUGACUAUGAUCUUAAUGCCCUAAUGUCGUCCGCUGAGCAUUCCUUCAUGCAGUCGUAUAGGCGACAGAAGAGCAAGCUGUGAUCUCUAAAGCCUAGCAAGGAAAACUAGGCAUAAUGAGCUAGAAGUUAUGAUCAUUGCUUAAUACUCUCUGAUUAUGAAUGACAUCUACACAGUAUUGCCUCCACUGCAAAUUCCAGGAAUUUGAAAAAAAUUGGUGGAACCGGGAGCCCUCUUGCCAAAACAUCCUUCUCUAGUUUGAAAGGGCAAAGGGCUAGUUCAAAGUUUCAAAAAAUUGUAGGCACUUAGGGAACUGUUAUUAGUGGUGGAAUUAGCAUUAAUGUUGCAAUAAGGUACUGAGCAAUAUUUUUCCAGAAACGGUGCCUUUUUCAGUUGUACCGUAUAUAGAUUACCACCUUUGUGAGACCCUGUUUUAGUGACAUCGCUUGUUAAGAGCCCUUCACUUUUAAGAAUAGUUUUGCAGCGGCCAAAGAAUUAUAACUUCCUAUUGCUAAUUUUAUCCAAAGUAACAACUUUCAAAUAAACUAAUAUUGUUGGUUUAAACUGCAUUACUCUGGUUCCAUCUUCAGUGGUAUGCUACUGUAGACUGUAAGCUCCUUGUGGGCUGGGAUUUUGUCUACCAACUCUUUUGUAUUGUACUCUCC